AUGAAUCACAGUCUCUACGCGGUGCAUCCAACUUAUGCUCCCAUCAACCUUAGACUUGCAGAAGAGUAUUUCAAUACACUUCCUUCUGGUGAUAUCAGCAGACAAUUCUUCGAUGGUCUACAAUAUAGAGCUGUAAAAGGAUUAUUUGCUUCCUAUGCACUUAAUAGAUUUUCAUAGUAUGGAAAGUUGGACUCUCUAUACAGGUUCUACCCAUAUUAGAGAAUCGUCAAAGAAACAAAGGAAGAAUUAUGCGAAGAUUGGACUUCAAAUAUUUAACUUGCUGCAAUCGUGACAGGAGCUUCAUGGACAUUCCUUUAUUAAUACGCUAAAAGAGGAUAAGUCUUGAGUAUUUUGAGAGAAUACGGAUCAGUCCUCAAGACCCACAGAUUAUUCAGAUAAUAUCUCUACACCCUUGUGCUUCCCUUUGCAAUUGCAAACGAGUAUACAUUCGUUCAUUAUCAUGACCACAUUGAAUAAUUAUGGCAAGUGCACGCAAAUAGAUUGAACAAGAAGGACUUGUCAGAUCCAGAAGGUACCUAAUAUCCAGAAGAAUUAAGAGCACCAAGAAGAGAUGUGUUCAUCAAUAAAUGGCAUUGAUCUACACCAUAAUAAAUCUAAUAAAGAAUAUUAUUAUUUUUAUAUUCCAUACAC